CGCAGGCCCCGCCCCUCUGCUUCCGGUCCCGCCGCCGGGAGCCGGUGCGGCUGUGAGUGCUAUCGUGUCUUGCUGCCGCCGCUAGUCGGGUAUGGUGUUGGAUGCCGGCCCGCCUCGCCUGACUCGCGGUGCUCAGAAGAAAGGUGGCAGUAAUGCUAACGCUGGCAAGCAAGCUGAAGCGGGAUGACGGUCUCAAAGGAUCCCGGACAUCUGCCUCCACAUCUGACUCCACUCGGAGGGUUUCUGUGAGAGACAAGUUGCUUGUUAAAGAAGUUGCAGAACUUGAAGCUAAUUUACCCUGUACAUGUAAAGUACAUUUUCCUGAUCCAAACAAACUUCAUUGCUUUCAGCUGACUGUAAGCCCAGAUGAGGGUUACUACCAGGGUGGAAAAUUUCAGUUUGAAACUGAAGUUCCUGAUGCCUACAACAUGGUGCCUCCCAAGGUGAAAUGCUUGACUAAAAUCUGGCACCCCAACAUCACUGAAACAGGGGAAAUAUGUCUAAGUUUACUAAGAGAACAUUCAAUUGAUGGCACUGGCUGGGCUCCCACUAGGACUUUGAAGGAUGUUGUUUGGGGAUUAAACUCAUUAUUUACUGAUCUUUUGAAUUUUGAUGAUCCACUGAAUAUUGAAGCUGCUGAACAUCAUUUACGAGACAAGGAGGAUUUCCGGGACAAAGUGGAUGAAUACAUCAAACGCUAUGCCAGAUGAUAAGAGGAGAAAUUGCAGGUCUGAGGACUGUCACCAUUGUCUCUGAUGUGAACAGCUCGAGGUAGCCCUCCUCCCCAUCCUCAUAGUCCCUGUCAGCCCCUUGGGAUUGUCCCAGUCUUGCGACCAUGUUGUCCUGAAGAAGACCAUCCUCCUGACUACACAAUACAGCAAGAAAAUGUGUCUGGGCCUCGA